AUGGACGACAAUUGCAGCAGUCACAUGAGAAAAAAUAUGAUCCUUGAUGAAACAACAUCAUGGAACUGGGAAGACGAAUCAGUCGAGCAUCUAUCCCUAGAUGAUUAUGAAUCAUCAAAUGUAGACGAUGAAGAAGAUUAUGGCGUUCCUCCACCUCAAAGUCCAAAUCCUACUCCACAAAGUCCUCCUAAUCAUGUUGCAGAUUCAAGUCCAGAAUCUCCAAUAAGAAAGACUCGUUCAUUACGAGAAAUAUAUGAAGUAUCUGAAUUUGCUCCUUAUUCUAGAGAGCCUGAAAAUUUUGAAGUUGCAAAUAGCAAAAAGAUUUGGAGAAAAGCAAUGGAGGAAGAAAUUGCCAUGAUAGACAAGAACAACACUUGGGAGUUGCCGGAAGAGCUAGAAGAAGAGGUGUUUGAUGAACAACCUCAAGAUUUUUGUGUUGAAGGAGAAGAAGCCAAGGUGUACAAAUUGAAGAAAGCUCUAUAUGGCCUUAUAGAUGAUCUUAUCUAUAUUGGAUCUAGAAGGAAGAAAAGAGCAAUCUUCAUAGCGAGUUUCACAUCAGUGGCAGGGGGCAUGCUGGAAGAUGAACAGGAAAUUGCUGUGAAAUGCUUGGCCAGAAACUCUUCACAAGGAGUUGAUCAAUUGAAGAACGAACUGAUAUUGAUUGCUAAACUUCAGCAUUGGAAUUUGGUGAGGCUUCUAGGAGGCUAUCAAACAAAAAGUAGGCUACUCAACUGGGAAAAACGCUUCAAUAUUAUCAACGGAAUUGCUAAGGGAAUUCUUUAUCUUCAUCAAGAUUCGAGGUUGAGAAUCAUCCAUCGAGACCUCAAAGCCAGCAAUAUAUUGCUAGAUGCUGACAUGAACCCUAAGAUAUCCGACUUUGGCCUAGCUAGAACUUUUGCAGGAAACGAAACAGAAGCUAAAACUCGCAGAGUUGUUGGAACAUACGGAUACAUGUCACCAGAAUAUGCAAUAGACGGGGUAUUCUCGGUCAAAUCAGAUGUUUUCAGCUUCGGUGUUCUCGUGCUAGAAAUUGUGUGUGGAAAGAGAAACAGAGGAUUCUGCCUUGAAGAUCAUGAUAUUAACCUUCUCGGUCACGCGUGGAGACUAUACACAGAAGACAAGACAAGCCAACUACUAGAUACUUCUCUAGUUGAUUCACUAGACACGAAACAAGCUCUACGCUCGAUUCACGUGGCGUUAUUUUGUGUGCAAAAGAGUCCAGACGACAGACCAAGCAUGUCUUCAGUGGUGUUCAUGCUGGGGAAUGAAAUAUCAAUAGCUCAAGCUAAAGAGCUUCGAUUUUUCACAGAGAGAGAUGUUGGCAUUGCUCACAAGUGUAAUAAAAAUUCAGAGAAUCAAGUAAGCAUGUCAUUGAUCCAAGGAAAAUAG